AUGUGUGACCAAUCAUUCCCCAAGAAGAGACAGCUGGCAGUUCACAAGCGCGUACAUGCCGGCACGCGACCGUACUCCUGUGAUAUUUGCGGUAAAGCAUACACCAAGGGUAUAAAUCUAAGCCGGCACAAACGGAUACAUACAGGCGAACGACGGCACCGUUGUCGGAUAUGUUGCAGAGAAUUUUUCGCUUCUGAGCAAUUGGAUCAGCACCGGCAUACCCAUAAAGAUCAGGCUUACAUUUGCGAUAUCUGCAGUAGGAAGUUUACCGAAAACAGUAGUCUCACGCGACACAGACUUAUCCAUGCAGGUGAGAGAUCGCACAAGUGCGAUAUUUGUGGCAAAGAAUUCAUAACUAGUGCUGAACUCACUCGCCACAUGCGCAUGCAUACUGGCGAGCGUCCGUAUAAGUGUGAUACCUGUGGCAAAGGCUACGUAGAAAGCAGCAGUUUGAAACGUCACCAGCGUGUUCACAUCGAUAUGAAUCUUGCGGAUCAAAUAUUUAGUUGCGACAUCUGUGGUAGAAAGUUUCUUGAAUCUAAAGAACUUACGCAGCACAAACUUAUCCACAGCAAAGAUCGAGAAUACAGAUGUGAAGUCUGUGGUGGCGGGUUUAAAAAAUAUUCUCAUAUGACUCGGCACAUGCAAAUCCAUACAAACGAACGCCCGUACAAAUGUGACCUCUGCGGGCAGGAGUUUCUUCGAAGAGCACAUUUGACCCAGGCAUGGUGGCGAACGACUCCAUGGCUGUGA